AUGAGAAUUGAGAAAGCCCUAGAACGUAUGAGAAAAGAUAGAGAACCGAAGAAAGAAGAAGAUCAUUCUUUCCAAGAGUUUAGCAAAAAAUUUCAAGGGCUUAAUCUUCCUUCCAAGUUUGAACCUUCAUCAAAACCUCCAACAUUUUCAAAUGAAAAGGAACGAAUUCUUUUUGAAAGGCAACAAAAGAAGGUUAAGGAAGAAGAAGCACAAAAACAAAAACUCAAGGAAGCCAGAGUUGAGUAUCAUGCAAGCAGAGUUGCAGCAAAGAAUCAACAUUUCAACCUUUUCCACAAUCAAAACAAUAUUGUGGGACUUGAUAAGGCACCAAAGAAAGAUGCUAUUGAGCCACCCAAGAUACCAUCAAUACUUGAUAAGGAAUCCAUACUUCAACGACAAGCUGAAAUUGACUCUGAAAUUGAAAAGGAAUAUACCGAAAUGAUUAACUUGACCAUGAAGAAAAUUGAAACUCUCAAACGAAAGAAGGAGAGCAUAAUUAUGAGCAAUAACAAUGAAAAUAAUGGAGCAUCCAAUGAAGAUAAAGCUGGCGCAGUAGAGGAUACAAUGUUUGGAGAUAGCGAUGACAGCAAUGAAGGAAUUGAAUCCAGCGAAGAAGAAGUGGAAUAUGAAACAGAAGGGGACAGCGAAGAAGACGAAACAGAGGAAGAAGAAGAUUAUUAUGAAGAGACCGAUUACGAUGACAUUCCUGUGGUCGGACGUUUGGAAGAUCGUGUCAACAGCCUUAUUAAACAGAAUGAGCAAAUAUUCGGCAAAGAAAAGUUCGACAAACUUUACGCCAAAUAUCAAGAACUCUACAACAAUGAUCAAAUCCAAAACGAAGAAGCUAAAAUUAUUCCACGAAAAGAAGUACUAGGGGAUGACGAACCUCAAUUACGAAAAUAUUGUCAUCUCAUUGAAGAAUUAAUAUUUGUACAAUCAGCGCUCCUAUAA